AUGAGCGGUCCUCCGCCGCCGCCUCCGCCGCAUGGCGAGAACCCAAAAACAACAAGUUCUAAUUUGCCUCCCGGCAAGUACGACAUUUUUAUAAUACCACCGCAUUCAGCAGGUUCCGGCUUCCUAUACCUGCCAUCGCUCAAGCCCAAUGUCAACAGCUUUGCUGCUGGCUUCGCCUCGGCCUUGUUGCUCGUUGUGCUUGGUCAUAGUAUGGCGCCAGCCUUCAAGUCGUGGUGGAAUGGCUUCCAGGGAAUGGGGAGUUUUGGUAUCAUGCUCCUAGUCAUUGGUGUGGCUAUGGGUGCCUGGUCAUUAGGAAGAACACAAACAGACGGCGGUGCGGGCCCUGGAGGUGGAUCUGGUGGCUCCGGUGGCUGGGGCUCCAAUGCUGGAGGCAAUUACAACUGGAAUGGAGCUGCUCCCGAGGCUGGUGGUCCGCCGCCGCCGCCGCCUCCGCAUGGCUCACCGCCUCCACCCCAGUCUGGCCCGGCUCCAGGCGGUGAGAAGCCGAACAACUCGUGGCAGCAGGCGCCUCAGCCCGAAGAGGCACCAAGGAAUGAGCAAGAGGCACCUCCACCCAAGCCCGAACCCGGGCCGCAGCCAAAGGGAGGCCCACAGGCAAAUCCGUGGGAGAAGGCAAGAGAAGAAACGCGGAAGAGAGAGGCUGAGCGCAAAGCAAAAGAAGCCGAACAAAAGCGCAAGGAGGAUAUAGCCAAGCGAAUCAAGGAGCUUCGCGAGAAGGAGGCAAGAGAGAGGGCAAAGAGAGAACAAGCUGCCAAGGAAAAGGUGGAGAAGGAAGCCCAAGAAAAAGCCCAACGUGAAAAGGAAGCAAAAGACAAAGCUGACAAGGAAGCAAAGGAGAAGGAGCAACGUGAAAAGGACCAGAAAGCAAAGGAGUUGAAGGAGAAGCUGGCCAAGGAGAAAGAGCUCAGAGAUACCAGACUUCGAGAGGCGCGGGAACGAGAUCUCCGCGAGAGGCUCGAGAGGGAAAAGAAUCUGAGAGAGAAACUCGAAAAGGAAGCAAAGGAAAGAGAGGCAACACGUCUGAAAGAAGUGGCCAAGGAGCAAGCCGAAGAAGCCAUCAGGAAGAGCACGUACGCCUACUCAUCAGCAGGCGAAAAGUUCAAUCCCUGGCCAAACGGCCGUCCGCCAUCACAACCGACUCCUGCCGCCCCGAACCCAAACCCCAGUUCUCCCAAGAGACCUCCGGCCCCGACUGCAAAGACCUUUACCGGCACGGCCGACGAAGAAACAUACUCUUACCGCCCCUACGACGAACCAAAGAGACAUUCAAGAAGAAGAUCUGGCGAAACCAUCUUCACCGAAUCAUCCUAUGCCCCAUCGCAAUCGACUGCACGGACGUCACCCCCGCCUUCUGUGCGUGGAACAUAUUCGACCAAGGAUCCUAACAAGAUUGUCAUCAAGGCUGUAUAUGGCUUCAUGAACCAGUUUGCCAAGACUCCCGCAUCGCAGCUGAUCUCAGGACAAGGCCCCGUCACCGACGGCUUGAUUCUGCGCAUCACCACGGAAGGCCUGUUUAUCGACGAUGACGUCCGCGGCGUCCCACAGCGUGAGUGGGACGUCAAGGCUUGGACGCUCAAGCUUAUGGAGGUAUGGUGUUCUUCGCGUUCCUUUGGCGACCAGCCGGCUCCCCAGGCCAAGACUACUCCCAAUGUGCUUCAUCGACCCGCUCGCACGCGCGUAGAUCGUGGCGUUCCCAAGGUUCUCACCGGCGAAGAGGCCGACAAGUUCUGCGAGACCAUGCUACGAACCUGCAAGGACGAGUGCCGUCUCUGUCCACACGGAGAUGAUUCAUCUUCAUACGCUGACCCAAACAUUGGAGAACAGUCGGGCGAAUGGAAGCAGCGUGGUCUUCAUGUGCUCCGCGCCAACAUCAGAGACCAGGAAGGCAAGAGGUAUAUGUUUGUUCUCGGAGAAGACGAGGGCUGGAAGGUUGCAAUGGGCCUGCAGAGGUUGAGAAAGGGCACUCAAGUCCGACAACUCGGCGUGCAAGCCAUGUCGCCCCACGAAGCACGCAACACUCUGGAGACGUUGGGCUGGACGUGA